AUGGACCCAAUCGCAAGGAACGCGGGCAUCCCUCACCCGUACGGCGCCGAGGAAGCGGAUCGACAGCCCGACCGCGCCUUCAGCACUGCUGAGGAUGACGCCGGCAUUCCCCUCCACCCCGGCGCGAAGAGCCUCUUCAACCGAGCACCGGUGCUACGCCGCAUUCCCAUCUUCGGAGAGGUCUGCGAAGCAUACGGUCCCUCAUGCACCAUCAGCCUCGCCUUAUCCUACCUGCUCUGCAAGGGUUUCGCUUCUAAUAUUUUUGUUUUCUCUCGCUACCCUAUGCUUCGAACACGUUUUGGUAUUGAUGCAGCCCGCUACCAGCGGCUCUUAGCCGUAAUGAAGAUUGCUUGGGCCAUGAAGGCCUCUACUGCCAUGCUUUGCGAUACAUUCGCCUUCCUCGGUUACACCAAGCGCUGGUACAUGUUUGCUUCGUGUGUGGUGGGCAGUGUCUUCGCGUUGCUCUACGGCUUGUUGCCAGCCAAGCCGUCGUCCGCUGAUUUUGCUACUGCUUUUGUCUCACUAAGUAACUAUGGUAUUGCCACUGUGGACAUUCUUUCCGAAGGCCAUUACAGCCGUCUUAUGCGUAAAAUUCCAGAGUCUGGUCCGGCGCUGGUGAGCUGGAUCUGGUGGAUCAUGACCAUAGGGAGUUUUCUGGCUUCUAUCCUCCAGGGCCCGCUAUCGGAUCUUAAUAUGCCGCAAGUUGGGGUGUUCAUCGCCGCUGGGAUGCAGUUCCUUGCAUCUUUGAUCUACCUCUUCAACCUGUACGGCGAGAAGAUGAACCGCGAGGAGCGCAUUGAGGAUGCAUGUAAUAUGCACAAGGAGCUACUCCUGGAGCUCGAGAAGGGGAAAGCCCCAAGCCGUACGGAGGGGAGAGAAGGCGCUUUCGAUGUGGAUCAGGGAAAGGCUCUACAGUUGGAGGCGAGUCCAGAGCUCCUGCUGCCGCGGCAGAUCAUCGGUUGCUGUGGACUUGUAGAGAUCAACAAGGAGGUCGCCAUGCGGAACAAGAGGAUUGUUGUAUACAGCGUUAUCAUAACAGCCGCGGCCAUGAUCAUGGCUUUCGGCAACCUAUUCGCAGGUAAGCUAGGGUUGCUUAUUAUCUGCAUAGUGGUGUCGCUGGUGUGCUCCGUGAUGUCCUUCUGGGCACUGCCACUCAUUAUUGCUAAAGCUAACGUUAUGAUUUAUCUUAAUUUUGUGCUCUACAUACAGCUACCUGGUCUGCUGGACAGCUUCUACCUCGCUAAAGAAAAUUGCCUUCCUGACGGGCCGCACUUCUCAAAUACUUUCUACAAUACUAUUGCUGUUGGUAUCAUCGGUAACCUGGCUGGUCUAGUCGGUAUCACGGCCUUCAGAUAUAUCUUCUUGAGGUGGAAAUACCGUCUAUGCUUGGUUGUAACAACGCUUCUAUGGGUGGCUGCCUCCGUCUUCGACCUUAUCAUGCUCAAGCGUUGGAAUGUAAAGAUUGGCAUUCCCGAUCACGUUAUGUACGUUUGUGGUGACGCCAUCAUUGAACAUGUGUGCCACAUGCUUGCAUUCAUGCCAAUUACAGUACUGGUGUCGCGUUUGUGUCCGCGAGGCUCCGAAAGCACGGUGUAUGCGCUCCUAGCUGCCUUCGGCAACCUCGGUAGUGUCACUAGCACCUCGAUAGGUGCCAUCCUGAUGGAGUAUGUGUGGCCCAUCAAAAGUAAUCCGCCAUGCGACUUCGAAAAUGGCACGUGGCUUGUCAUUGUCGGUCACAUCCUCUCACCGCUCCUAGUCAUCCCGCUGACCCUGUUGCUGCCAAACGUCCGUGUGUGCGACGACAUCGACAUCGAUGGCAAUGUAAUAUCGAAAAAGACAGACGAAGAGCCCCAUGUGAAGCUUGCCAAGGACAGCAACGAGGUCCAUUGA